AGUAAUUGAAGAGAUGUUGCUGAAAGCAGUAGCUUUAUGUGUGCUUGUGUGCGCGGUGGCAGCAUACAACUCUAGAAGGUUUCCUCCCGGUUUUAAAUUCGGAGCUGCGACAUCUUCCUAUCAGAUCGAAGGAGCUUGGAAUGUAAGCGAUAAAAGCGAGAGCAUUUGGGAUAGGUUGACGCAUUCAAAGCCAAGUAUAAUAACAAAUGGAGCCACUGGAGAUGUUGCCUGCAAUUCUUACUACAACUGGGAAGAUGACAUUAAUAUCGCUGCAGAACUUGGACUACAUUUUUACAGAUUUUCUUUAUCAUGGCCCCGACUUUUACCAACCAGUUUUAUUGAUAAGAUCAGUGCAGAUGCAACAAAUUACUAUAAUAAAUUGAUUGAUGGUUUAAUAAAAAGGGGCAUUGAACCCGUAGUGACGUUAUACCACUGGGAUUUGCCACAGAAAAUACAGGAUCUAGGAGGAUGGGCAAAUCCAUAUAUCGCAGACUGGUUUGCGGAUUACGCUAGAGUUGCUUACAAGUUAUUUGGGGACCGUGUCAAGAUCUGGAUAACGGUCAACGAACCCGUUGUAGCGUGUGAUAUAGCAUAUAACACUGGUUUCUUUGCCCCCGGAAUUAAAGUUCCUGAAUUCGGCAAUUAUCUUUGCGGUAAAAAUAUGUUGUUAGCACACGCUAAAGCUUGGAGGAUUUAUGAUGAAGAGUUUAGAUCUAAAUAUCACGGAAAAGUUGGUUUAACAAAUCAAAUCUUUUGGCACAUGCCGGAGACUGAAGAAGACGAAGAAAUAACAGAAAUGGUUAGACAAUACAUGACUGGAAUGUAUUCCCAUCCAAUAUACAGUAAAGAUGGCGGCUGGCCUCCAGAAAUAGAGAGAAUAAUAGCAGAGAAUAGCAAGAAGCAAGGAUUCGUACGCUCAAGACUGCCGCCAUUCACUAACGAAGAGAUUGAUCUUAUCAAAGGUACUUAUGACUAUUACGGUAUGAAUUACUACACGUCACGGACUGUACGUAAGGCGAAAGAUGGCGAGAGUUUCGGCAGUUGGCCGCUGGAAGAUGGCGCUGUUGAGCUCGGGGCUGUCAUGAGCGUCAAACCGGAUUGGAAGAAGGCUGCGUCUAUGUGGUUAUGGUCGUACGCUCCAGGACUACGUCACAAGUUGGUCUGGUUAAAGAAGACGUACGGCGACGUCGAGAUCUUGAUACUUGAGAACGGUGUGUCUUCCUUUAGCGGCCAAUUAGACGAUGACUUUAGAGUCAAAUAUUACAAAGAUCAUUUGGAACAGGUAUGGCUGGCAAUAACUGAGGACCAAGUUAAUGUGACUUCUUACACCGCUUGGACAAUGAUAGAUAACUUUGAAUGGACAGAUGGAUAUGGUGUAAAGUUCGGUCUCUACGAAGUGGAUUACAACGAUACAUUAAGAACGCGCACGCAGCGAGAAUCCGCCCGAUACUUCUCUGACGUCAUUCGAACUAAUUCUAUAGACGGUGAAGUCACUGAGGCAUAGAGCAGUGUAAUCGAGAUUAGAAAUAAAGUAGACAUAGACUGUUUAUAUUUUUUUUAUCUUUUUCUCUAACUGUAUGUUUUAUUCGAUGAAAAUGUAUUAUAAUUGUUAGAUAUUAUCUGUUUUCUUCGAAGAAAAGGAGCUGGAUUAUCAUGUUUUUGUAACAUGUUUCAGCAGUGGAAACCCACUGUUAGAGGAAAAGGUAAAUGGAUGAUGCUUAUAUAUUGGUUUUUCAUAGUCUAAUCUGUAUUUUUUUGGAUUAAUAGCACCUAUGUAUUCUAUAAAUACUUACUCUACAAAGACGAGAGGCGACAGUUAAUUUUGUAAUAAAUAAUAUUUAUCAAAAAAUUCUU